AGGAAGUGAGUCCUCCGCUGUUGUUUGUGUUCGCUGGCCACUCUCCGUCUCCGUGUUUUUCUGAUUCAAUACAGCGCAGACCGGGGCCGAAAUGGCAACGUUUAUUUCAGUACCAUUGAAAAAAUCCUCUGAGGUGGACCUGGUGAAGCCGCUGUCUAAGUUUGUGACGGCUACGUAUCCUGCGGGCGAGGAGCAGACGGAGUACAUCCGCGCCGUGGAGGAGCUCAACAAGCUCCGCAAGAACGCGCUGGGAAGGCCGCUGGACAAACACGAGAGCUCCCUGGAGAUCGUACUCAGAUACUAUGACCAGCUGUGUGCCGUGGAGCCCAAGUUCCCCUUCUCUGAGAACCAGCUCUGCCUAACCUUCACAUGGAAGGACGCCUUCGAUAAAGGAUCGCUGUUCGGCGGCUCAGUCAAGCUAGCUCUGGCCAGUUUGGGCUACGAGAAGACGUGCGUGUUGUUCAACGCCGCCGCUCUGGCCAGUCAGAUCGCCUCGGAGCAGAACCUGGACAACGACGAAGGCCUGAAGACCGCUGCCAAAUACUACCAGCUGGCCAGCGGAGCGUUCAGCCACAUCAAGGACACGGUGCUGUCCGCUCUGAACAGGGAGCCCACCAUGGACAUCUCCCCCGAGACCGUGGGCACGCUCAGCCUCAUCAUGCUGGCCCAGGCCCAGGAGGUCUUCUUCCUCAAGGCCACCUCAGAUAAGAUGAAGGACGCCGUCAUCGCAAAACUGGCCAAUCAAGCCGCAGAUUUCUACAGCGACGCCUUCAAGCAAUGCCAGUACAAAGACAACCUCCCCAAGGAAGUGCUGCCGGUGCUGGCGGCCAAGCACUGUAUCAUGCAGGCCAACGCCGAGCUGCACCAGAGCGUCCUGGCCAAGCAGAAGAAGCGCUUCGGCGAGGAGAUCGCCCGUCUGCAGCACGCCGCGGAGCUGGUGAAGACGGUGGCGUCCCGCUACGACGAGUACGUGAGCGUCAAGGACCUGACCGACAGGAUCAACCGAUCCCUCACGGCGGCCAAGAAAGACAACGACUUCAUCUACCACGACCGCGUGCCGGAAGUCAAGGACCUGGAGCACAUCGGCAAGGCGGCGCUGGUGAAAGCCACGGCCAUCACGCCGCCGCUCAGCCAGAAAUUCACAGAUGUGUUUGAGAAGAUGGUCCCCAUGGCGGUGCAGCAGUCCAUGGGCGUUUACGGCCAGAGGAAGGCCGAGACGGUGAACAGGCUGGUGGGAACGAUGAGGGAGGCCACCAACCUCUGCAACGGGGUUUUGGCAUCGCUGAACCUGCCGGCCGCUCUGGAGGACCUCUCCGGAGACUCCAUCCCGCAAUCCAUCGCCGAGAAGGCCCGAUCCAUCGUGCAGCAGGGAGGGCUGCAGAGUAUCGAGCAGCUCAUCAAAGACCUGCCAGAGUUACUGACCCGCAACAGAGAGAUCCUGGACGAGUCUCUGAAGAUGUUGGACGACGAGGAGACGACAGACAACGAGCUGAGAAGCAAGUUCAACCAGCGCUGGAACCGGACUCCCUCCGGAGACCUGUACAAGCCGCUGCGCACGGAGGGCGCCAACUUCCGCAGCGUCCUGGAUAAGGCGGUGCAGGCGGACCAGGUGGUGCGGGACCGCUACAACACUCACUGUGACAUGAUCGCCCUGCUGUGCAAGCCGGAGAGCGAGCUCAACGCCGCCAUCCCCUCGGCCAACCCCACCAAGACCCUGCAGGGCAGCGAGGUCGUGAGCGUGCUGCGCGCACAGCUCGCCCAGCUGGACGAGCUGAAGAAGGAGAGGGAGACCCUGGAGGGGGAAAUCAAGGGCGUGACCUUCGACAUGUCCACCGUCUUCCUGACGGCGCUGGCGCAGGACGGCGCCAUCAACGAGGAGCAGCUCUCCAUGGCCCAGCUGGACCAGCUGUACAGCGCCUACAACCAGCGGGUGCAGGCCUCGCUCCGCACGCAGGAGCAGGUGCUGGGGCAGGUCCAGACGUCCCACCAGGAGUUCAGCAGCCUGAAGCAGUCCAACACCGAGGCCAACCAGAGGGAGGAGGUCCUGAAGAAGCUGGCCGCGGCCCACGACAGCUACGUGGAGAUCAGCAGCAACCUGCGCGAAGGCACCAAGUUCUACAACGACUUGACAGAAAUCCUGCUGAAGUUCCAAAACAAAUGCAGCGACAUCGUUUUUGCUCGCAAAACUGAGCGGGACGAACUCCUCAAGGAGCUGCAGCAGAGCAUCGCUCGGGAGCCCAGCGCUCCAUCCUUUAACGUCCCGGCCUAUCAGAGCACCCCCGCGGCCCCCGCCCCCGGCCCCGGCGGCCCCACUCCCGCGCCCAGGACCGUCUUUAAUCAGCCGCCUCAACAGCCGCAGCAGAACCAGCCGAAGCCGCAGCCCCCGGCGAGACCCCCGCCACCCGCCUUCACGCCUCAGGCAGCCUCCAGCACUCCCACCAACGCGCCGCCCGCCGGGACCCCCACCAACAACCCGCCGCCGAUGGUCCCGCCCUCACAGGCCCAGGGACCGCCGUACCCCUCCUACCAGGGAUACCCAGGGUUCUUCCAGAUGCCCAUGGGCUACAACCCCUACGCCAGCUACGGCCAGUACAACAUGCCCUACAUGCAGUACCAGGGCGCCCCGGGACAGGGGGGAUACCCCGGAGCCCCCCCAGCAGGACAGCCACAGCCCUACCCCGGCUACCCCCCACAGCCCCAGCAGCCCUACUACCCUCAGCAAUAGCUCUCCUCCUCCCCCUCCCCUCCUCCUGGCUCUCCUCACAUGUUAACACCAAAUAAAAUUGUCCCCCAGCAAUAACACUUAAUCUCCAUCAUCAGCUCCUCCUCCAGCUUGGUUUCCUCUCACUAACAGCGGCGGCCAGGACGACCGCCUCAGAGCUGCGUUGCACUUCUUCCUUCAAACCCUUUGAUACUCAGUUGCUCCUUUUUGUUUAAAUUCAUCUCGCUCUUUUUUUUUUUUUUAUUUCCCUGAUACUCUCAGCAGUGCACUAACUCCCUCAUUUUCUACUGGUUCUGUUUAUUGUUUAAUUUAAACUGCAAAUUCUUUUUUUUUUCUGUUGAUAACUGACUCCCUGACUAAGCCGGACUGCUGUACGACUCACAGAGGCACACAGGAAACUCCCCCCACCCACCCCGUCCUCCCCCAGUGCUUCUGUAUCUACUAUAUUCCUAUUUUUGUAAUGAAUACUGAUGCCUCGCCGAUGUAUAAACCUAUAAAGACUGUAGGUUUUCUAAUGUAGAUGACUGUUGAGAGAUCUGCUCUCGUUUCCUCUCUUUCUUUUCUUUCCUCUUCCUCUCUUCACGCAGGGAAUGUGGGUUUAUUUCUGUGUUACAAUCAAAGGCUGUACAAGAGGGAGAAAUGGCUCUAUCACAUGAAUAUAUGUAUAAAUAAGACUCUAUGUGGUUAACCGAGACACUCUGUGUGCUGCACUGUCAUGCUCUUUUGUGUUUAUUUUUAUUCAUCAGCUCUAAUGGGAUUAAAAAUAACUGCCAGACGGUG